AUGGACACUCUGCAAGUAGUCGCUUAUACAUCUGCCUUCGUCCUCGCCGGUCUCGCCUUGCGAUGGUACAUGCAUCCGCUCCGUGCGAUUCCCACCUUGGGAGGCUCUGACCUACCCAUCUUGUCGCAUUAUGCCGCGCAGAACUUCAUGCGCAAUGGCAAAACCUUGCUCCAAGAGGGCUAUCGGAAGUAUCAUGGACACGCCUUCAAGGUCCCUCUCUAUGACAACUGGCUUGUCGUCGUCUCCGGACCAAAGAUGGUCGAUGAAUUGAGGAGACGGCCGGAUGAUGAGGUAUCCUUCCUGGACGGCACUCUCCAGAUGCAGCACAUGAUCGGUCAUGACGAGGAAGAGCACCGCCAUGUGCACAUCGACAUCAUCAGAGACAAGCUUACGAGGUCGCUGCCCGCUCUCAUGCCCGUCAUUAUCGAGGAGCUCAAGGCAGCUAGCGACGAUUACAUCAGUGUCACCGGAGAUGAAUGGGAAGCCAUCACCGUAAUGCCCGCUAUGCAGAAGAUCAUUGCUCGUAUCUCGAACCGCGUAUUCGUGGGGUUGCCGACCUGCCGGAACGAAGAUUUCCUUCGUAAAGGUAUCAUGUUUGCCGUCGAAAUUUUCCAGGACAAUGACAAACUCAAGCGUGUCCCGAAGUUCCUCAAGCCACUCUACGGGCCGAUGAUCAGCAAGGCGAGAAAGACGCUGAGGUCUGCGACUGCCGAAUUGGCGCCGAUCAUCGAAGAGAGGAAGUCUCGGAUGAGCGAGUUUGGCGGGGACUGGACGGAUAAGCCGAAUGACUUCGUCCAGUGGUUGCUCGAACAGACGAACAAUGGCUUUUCAGCAGCUGAAAUUGCCAAAAUUGUUUUGGUUCUCAACAUGGCCGCCAUCCACACGUCUUCCAACAGUAUUACUCACAUCCUCUACCAUCUUGCCGCCGAGCCCCAAUACCUUGCCCCGCUUCGCGAGGAGGUCGAAGCCGUCAUCGUCGAGGAGGGCUGGACGAAGGCUGCCAUGGUCAAGAUGUGGAAGCUGGACAGUUUCAUGAAAGAGUCGCAGAGGAUCAACGGGAUCAGCAUGACUUCCCUGACGCGCAAGGUUAUGAAGGAUAUCACCCUGAAUGACGGCACAUUCCUCCCGAAGGGCACCCUCGUUGUCGCGGAUGCCUUUAACACCCACCAUGACGACAACGUUUACGCCGAUGCCGACACGUUCGACGGUUUCCGCUUCGCUCGGAUGCGCGAAGGAGAGGGCGAGGGUACGAAGCACCAGUUCGUGAACACCUCGGUCGAGUAUGUGACCUUCGGCCACGGCAGGCACGCCUGCCCUGGUCGCUUCUUCGCGGCGAACGAGCUCAAGGCCAUGCUUGUCUACAUCAUUAUCAACUAUGACCUGAAGAUCGGCGGGGACGGCAAGCGUCCUAGCAACAUUUACCACGGAGCCGGUGUUACCCCGGCGUUCGGCGGGCAAGUGUUAUUCAGGAAGCGGCAGGACGCCCCCGUCAUCUGA